UGCCCCAGCACCAUCGGCCCACUCAUCCACAACCCCCCACCCAGUCCGUCCAACGGGGAAGGCAUACAUCACCCACGCACUGGCUAUCAGCGAGGUGAGAGCGAGGAGAGGGAGGGCGCCGCGCGCGCUGGAGAGGGGGGGGAGGUAGGCGAGGGUGAGGAGGAGGGGGAAGGUGGUGAAGAGGCGGGUGUAGAGGGUGUUUGUGGCGCUGGCGCUGGCGCGGAGGGUGGUGAUGAGGUGCUGCUGUUCUGGGGGGAGGGUGGGGGUUAGCUUGGAAGUUUGGCUGGGGGAAGGGAAAAGGGGGAGAAAGAACCUUCUUCAUCUAGUGCUUCGGGUGUGUCGUCGUCGUCGGGGUCGGGGUAUUGGAAGGUUUUGCGGAGGUGGGCUUUGGUGUGGGAUGCCAUUUUGUGGGUGGUGGGUGUAUGGAUAUAAGAGGGAGGGGGAAGUAGAUAUAACCGAUCACCUCUCGCUCUCAAAACGAUCUUUAUCGUAUCCAAUAAUUUAGCGUUUAUAAGUCCAGCAAAGACGUCACCCACCACCACUCCUCAGCCUCACUCCAAGCCUCGCGCUGACUAAUCCAAAAAACCCCCCGAGCUCCGCGCCGCCCUCUUCACAACGAAUUAUAUACCCCGUUUUCCCAACCCGCAUUCCCAACUACAAAGCGCGGCUUCGGAAUUGACAGACACACAAUAUUAUACAAUGCUGCCGCGAAUGCUGGGUGCUAGAGGGCGCGCUGUGUUGGCGCCGCUGAGGGCGAGGAUUGCGCCGAAUGCUGGAAAGACGGUGCAGAGACGGGGACUUGUCAGUCCGCCGAAGGUGGGGGGUGCGCCGUUGAUGGAGAGGAGAGCUGAUAGGGAACUACCUAAAAUCCAGCGCUCAGGAAUGAAAUGGCUGCGCUCAAUCCCCAUCUUCAUCGCUGUCCUCACCGGCUGCACCCUCGGCAUCUUCAACUAUCAAAAGUCCUCCUCCUCCGUCGUCUCCUCCACCAUGUACGCCCUUCGCACCUCGCCCGCCGCGCGCGAGUUCCUCGGCGACGAAAUCUACUUCGCGCACCAGAUGCCGUGGAUCUGGGGGGAGAUGAACCAGCUCCACGGACGGAUCGAUAUCCAUUUUGAAGUCCGCGGGUCGAAGAGGCAGGGGACCAUGCGGUUUAGGAGCUUUAGGAGGGGGGGGAGGAAUGGGGUGUUUGAGACGGAGGAGUGGAGUUUGGAGGGGGAGAAUGGGGUGAAGGUCGAUUUGUUGGAUAGGGGGGAUGUGUUUAAGGCGAUUAUGGCGGCGGAGGAGGAGCAGAAGAGGGUGGGGAGGGGGUCGUAUAGUCCGACGUUGUCGGGAUAAGAUGGUGGGUUGGUGGUGGGGAGGGAAGGGAGGCGUGGGAAUGAAAUGGCAUGGGAUGGCGUCUUUGUGGCCGCCAUGAUUUGCACGGGCCGUGUAUACUUUACUAUAGGCUGUACAACUACUCUCAAACAUCUGAUCAAAC